AUGGCGCUAAACGCACCGAGUGGGAGUUGCUGCUCGAAAGUGUACGUGCAUCCUCUGGUCAUCAUGCAAAUGUCCGAACAUUAUUCGAGGACUAAGGUUCAGCAAGGAGCCACUGUUAAAAAAGUGUUCGGGGCGAUUCUCGGAAAGCAAACCGGAAGGCAAGUGGAGGCGAUCAAUUCGUUCGUCUUCAAAAUGGAGACUGAAGAAAUGACAAACUCGCACUCCUUCAACGCCGAUCAUCUCACUGCUAGAGCUGAGCAAUGUAAAUUCGCCAAUGAAUCGAUAUAAACAUCAGGAACGUUUUAUUUUCAGACCUCGAGGUAUUUCCUGAACUUCAAGUGAUCGGAGCCUAUUCUACCGGCGAGGACGAUAGACUGUCUUCCGACGAUAAGGCGAUUAUGGCAAAGCUGGCAAGCACGAUGCGUAACUCGGAGAAAGCGGGGCAAAUCGACGCAACUCUCUUCUUGAAAUUGAAUUCUGUCACCACCGGAUCGACUCGCAAACUUCCUUUGUUCGCAUUCGAGGGAGAUGUUGCUGACAGUGAGAAGCACCGACAAGUCGAGUGGGUGCUCGUUUCGGAAGAAAGCGAACGCAUCGGAGUCAAUCACAUCGCCAAGUUAUCGACGAAACACGGAAAAGAUGACACUUCUGUGGGCAGAAAGCACGCGGAAGCCCAGAAUGCGGCUAUGAGCAUGCUCCAGAAUCGGGUUGAUGUAUGAGAGAUUUCAUGGUUAACUUGAGACAUAUUUUUCGGUAUUUCAGUUGAUUGUGGCCUACUUGGAGAAGAUUCAGAACGGAUCAUUGCAACCGAAUUUUGAAAUUCUGAGGGAGGCGAAUUUGCUGGCACAGAAACUUAACACAAUCGAUAGAUACGCUGCGGAUUUCGGGGACAACUUCCGAAAGGAGGAAAACACGAUGACGAUGUUCUCGUUGAUGCCGAAGUUGACGGCUCUUCUGGGAAGCAUGCAGCAAGUGUGGUCGAAGAUAUCCGUCCAGAGAACGGACGUUCUCACCGAUGACGGAUUCCACGGAAAGUCGGUGACUCGAUGGGCCCACUCACUGGACAAAAUGAGAUUCAAGCAACAGAUGGGGCGCCCACAGCAGGCGGAUGUGAGUGAUUUACAGACGGAACGGUGAACCACGUUCUACUUUGCAGGAUGAUGAUUACUUCGACGAAGACGAUAUGGAGAACGAAAUGAGCGGCCCUCGUAGAAAGAUUCAUGCUGCCGAUUCGCCGACCGGGUUCCGCAGAAGACGUGCUCCACCAAGAGGUAACGUAAUUAUUACGAAUCUAAGUUUUCUAAAAGAAUGAUAGAGUUUGCAGCUAUGUCGAACAUGGCGAACACUGCUCGCAAUGUGAACAAUCUAUCUUCUGUUGGAACCGACGAAAUGGAGUUGUCCGGACAAGAAGACAUUCCGGGACCUUCUGGAUCGGGCACUCAUUACAUUCCGGAUGCUCCGAGACCGUCCGCCACCGGAGCCAACGAGUCCGACGAGUCGAGCCAAGCAUUCUGA